ACGUGGCCUUUAAGUGAGAGAAAACAAAGGGCUCUAGAUUCAGUUGUCGCGUCAUUCAAGAUUUUCCAUUCUCUUCCUAUUUCACCCCUCCCUCCUUCCCCUCAUUUACAUUCUCGCUACGCCCACCGUCGUCAUUUUCCUCUUCCCUCCUUCUCCCUCCAAUGACGUUUCGCAUUUCCAGCUCCGAAGCUCAACGUAACUCUUUCAAACACUGCGUUUAGAGUUCUUUGAUCUGUGAGGAUAAUUUUGAGGAGCUGAAGAUGAACCGGAGCUUUGGGGCUCAGCAAGAAACGGCAAUGCAAACGGCGGCGUUGAAACAACGUCAACAAUUAAGAGCUUCGAUGAUGAAAGAGAAAGAAGAAGAGCUCGCAUUGUUUCUCGAGAUGCGAAAACGUGAGAAAGAACAGAGUAAUCUUCUUCUUAAUCACUCCUCCGAAGACUUUGAUGCUGCUUUAGGAUCUAAACCUGGAACUUCACCAAUAUUGAAUCUUUCUGCUUCGACAACUACUCCGGCGAGAAAGACGGGUGCUGCUGCUGAUGAUUUCCUUAAUUCUGAUAGUGAUAGAAAUCACUAUGACUGGCUUUUAACACCUCCUGGUACUCCUCUUUUUCCUUCCUUGGAGAUGGAGUCACAAAAGACUGUAAUGAGUCAGAUUGGCACUCCUAAGGCUCAGCUGACUGCCCUUAAAUCUAGACUAGCAAAUCCCCAGCCAGACUCUGCUGCCAGGGGCCACUUAACACCGAAGCAACUGGCUUUGCCCCCUGGGUUGAAUUCUAUAGGGAUUCUCAGGCCCUCGUCAUCAGGGGGUCCAGGUUCAAGACCUUCAACACCCACCGGACGCCCUACAUUGACUGGAGCAUCUAAACCUAUGAGAUCAUCAACACCGACAACUCGGGCUACAUUACCGUCGACUAAGCCCUCAAUUCCUGCAAGUAAGCCUGUAACAUCUGCAGCUAAGCCUGCAACUAAACCUGUAGCGUCCACAACUAAGCCCACAGUUUCUGCAGCCAGGACUGCAUCUUCUGCAACUAAACCCACAGUUUCUGCAAGAUCUUCCACACCGACAAGGUCCACAGCUAGGUAUUCAACACCAACUGCAAGGCCUUCUAUACCUUCAUCCAAACCUGUAUCAAGAGCAGCCACACCAACUCAUCGACCAUCAGCUCCAUCAAGUGCUCCUAAUAUAUCUGCUCCUCCAAUUAAAUCAUCUCCUUCAGUUACAAAGCCAACUCCUGCAGCAUCCAGAAAUUCUAUACCAUCACGUGGUGCCUCUCCAAUGGUAGAAUCUAGACCAUGGAAACCUUCUGAGAUGCCUGGUUUCUCGCUUGAUGCUCCACCAAAUUUAAGAACAACAUUACCUGAUAGACCACUUUCAGCCACAAGAGGUAGGCCUGGAGUGCCAAGUUCUCGAUCUUCUUCUGUUGAACCAGGUCCUAGUGGUAGACCAAGACGACAAUCAUGCUCUCCUUCAAGAGGACGUUGCCCUAAUGAUGCUAUGCUCCAUGUCAGUGGGAGCUCUGUUCCUGCAGUAAGUCGUGGGUAUUCCAAAGUUAGUGACAACUUGAGCCCUGUUGUAAUUGGAAAUAAAAUGGUUGAGAGGGUGAUAAACAUGCGGAAACUGGUACCACCCAAGCAAGAUGAUAAAUAUUCUCCUCAUGGUAACUUGUCUGGGAAGUCUGCAUCACCAAAUAGUUCAGGCUUUGGAAGAACACUUUCAAAGAAAUCAUUGGAUAUGGCUAUAAGGCAUAUGGAUAUAAGGCGAAGCAUUCCUGGUAAUUUACGGCCAUUGAUGAUGAAUAUUCCAGCAUCAUCUAUGUACAGUAUAAGAUCAGGUCUUACACAAAGCAGAACUAUUAGUGUCUCGGAUUCCCCUCUUGCUACAAGCAGUAAUGCUAGUUCAGAGCUUAGUGUCAACAAUAAUGGCAUUUGUUUAGAUGGGAGUGAAAUGGAAGAUGAUAUUGGCAGUGAGAGAGGUAAUAACUCCCCUGCCAGUGUUCAUGCCAGAUGAUGGUAAGGGUGUACAAAUAUGAGAUAUGGCCAUUCAUUAUUGUUUUAAAUCUACUAUCUUUGACAUUUGGAAGAGAACCAAUUUCCAGGAGGAACCACGUCAGAAUCAUUAUUCUAAGAUCAAUGUCAAGCUAAUUAGAUUUGUUUACUGUUGUGUAAUUCAUGAUCGAUGUAUUAUUAGGGAAACAAGGUAGAUCCGAAGCAUUUUUGUUCUCCAAAUCCUACGCGGUGAGUUGAUGUGAACUAGCUUUGAAAUGGUGAAAGCUUGCCAAUUGGAAAAUUAGCUAUCUCCCUCCCAACUUGUCCCAAUUUGGAAUGAAGGUCUUUUCUAGAUAAAACUGAAGCUCAUAAAAGAUGCAAAUACCCCGCCACUCUCGGCCAGUUUCAUCCUCGUCUUUUUAUUAUAAUGUAUAAUAUGGUAAAGAUUUUUUGAAGGUGUAUUGUCACGCAUUGAUUUGAAGCAUUUAAUAAAUGCAUAUAAAAUUUUAUUUUUGGAAAUAUUUUUAUAUGAAUAGUAUUAAAAACAGUAUUUUAGAAAUGGCUUCUGGCUCGGAUUUAAGUAUUGUAAUCAUAAUCAAAGAACCAAGUCCUUAAUGAUACUUCAUCAUGGUGUUUGAAAUGUUGUCUUAUAUCAUAAAAAGCUUGAAAGCUGAUUGACAACUUUUAGCAUGUAAGCAGGCUCUUUCAGAUUCCCCAAUUCGCAAGAUAAUUCAAGGGCUUGUGAAGCUGUAUUAUUGCCCUGCAAGACUAUUCAGGAAGUGGCAUUCCAUUUGGUCUGGAAAGUGACUAAUAGACAAAAGUAUCCAAUUUCCCAAGCGAAGAUAAAAAUGGUUGGCCCUUCAUGUAGGAGAAUAUUUCUAAGUAUGGCAGAGUAUAAAAGCUGGACCACAUCUAACCACCCAUCAAAUGAGUUUGCAGUUUUCCAUUUUAGGGAAUGCAAAAAGAAUAGUAAUAAUCUUUGAACAAGGGCAUUCAGCAAACCUGUGGGUCAUAACUCUGCAUAAUAUCAAGAAUUCUUCAGCAGAAAUCUGCAACAGAAGUGUUUGGUCCUUUCAUUCCAAAAGAGAAACAAAUUAAAAGUAGACUGACCUGGACCUUCAAAUUCUGGAAGAUUUGCAACAAGUCCAGUGAUGGAUAUGCCCUACCAGAAAAUCCAGGACAACGACCAUUUCAAUGAUUUGGACUUCUGACCCUUUUUUUUUUCGUCUGGAAAGCAUGAAAAGAACCGUUGGGCUGAUUGUUACAGUUCCCUUGGUAAGAGCUGCUCCUGGAUUUACAAGU